AUGUUCGUGGACCCGGAGAUCUUGGAUGCAUUGGAUGAGGAGCAAAAGCAAAUCUUAUUUAUUAAAAUGCGUGAAGAACAAGUGAAGAGGUGGAAAGCAUUCGAAGAGAAAUGUGAAAAAGAACAGCCAGCUCAGGGGAAAAAAAAGAAAGAUGAAUCACGUAGAAUUAAAUGGUUGCACGGGGGCGAUGGUGAGGUCUGGGUGUGGGUCAUGGGUGAGCAUAAAGAUGACUUGAGUCUAGAAGAAUUGAUCGAGAAGAGAGAUAUGGAAGAAGCAAGGAAAAUUGCUGAAAAAGAAAUAUUAACAGAGUUAGAAGAUAACUCUACGGCAUGUCUGUAUCCAGUUGAGGAUGAAACAACAUUAAAACAGCAAUUAAGUCGGAUGGGUAUGGGCGAUAUGCAUGAAAACAUGAAUAUGAAUAAUGUGUUGUCACCUUCUUUAACAAACGAUAAUAAUUCGAAGCAGAAAGCUGCUGCUGCUGCCGCUGCUGCUGCUGUUGCAGUUGGUACAGGUGCGGUGCCUGUAAUGGAUGAAAAUGCUCAAAAUUUUAAUACAGCGGCUACAACAUAUUCAUAUUCAACAAAUAAUGUUAAACCCACAUUAUCCUGGUCUUUAACGCCGUCUUCAUCAGUGGCCACUACUGCCACCUUAUUGCCGUGCUCAUCGAGUAAUCCUAAUGCUAAUGUUAAUCAAAAACCCUCGCCAAAGUCAUAUACACUAACGCAACAACAAUAUCUUUCGAGUACGUUACCAGCAAAAAUUGAUUUCACCUCUACAACAAGGAAUGAUACUAAUCAAAAUAUUCUAUCGGCAUCACUUGAAGGAGCAAAUGUUAGAAUGCGUUCAACUGCGGGCACACGACCUUCAUUAACAGAUGAUGAUAUUUCAAAACGACAGUCGGAAAUAUUCGAGAGAAUGAAAGAGAAGCAUAAAAAGAAUAACAAAGAAGCGGAAAUAGAAGCAGAACGUGGCAAGAUUGCGUGGGAAGAACAAGAACGAAAAGCUCGUGAAGCAGAGGCACAAAUUCGGCAGAUAGCACAGAAGGCGCGCGAACAGCAUCGUCAGCAGAGUUUACGCACGUCAACAUCAAUUCUGCCGGCGUUGAACGAUACGAAAGCAUCUUCGCUGCGUGAGGCGAUCAAAAAUUUGCCAAGACCACCAAAACCGAAAUCACGUCAAGCGAUUGUGGAUUGGUUUCGAGUUGUUGAGUUGAAGCGAGGAACGGGUCUUGAUCCGAAAACUCGACUGCCCGCUCGUUGGUUCCAUGGUAUAAUCUCGCGCGAUCAAGCCGAAGCAUUGUUGAAAGGUAGACCAACUGGUUCAUUUUUGGUGCGUGUCUCAGAUCGAAUUUGGGGUUAUACAGUAUCGUAUGUAGUUGAUGAAGGCACAUCGAAACAUUUUCUUAUUGAACGAAUACCGCAAGGUUAUCAAUUUCUUGGUACAAAUCAAGUCGUUCAUGAGCAACUUUAUGAUUUGAUCACUUAUCAUGAGACAGCGCCAAUAACGGCGCGAGGCAAUGAGAUAUUGAAGUGGCCAAUCGGUCAGUAUUGUUCACCUCCAGAUUAUGCAGAUUUAAUGAUGCAAGUGUCGUCAUCAGCUGAUGGCAGGAUGACGGCUCCAUCAUCUCAACAGCACCAUUACCAGCAGCAGCAACAGCACUUCUCGGUAAAUCCAAUGAAGAACACGAAUGCAAGUGGCAAUAAUGUGGCGAAUAAGAUGUAUGGUUGGGUAGGUAAUUGA